AUGUUCCUCUGGUGGCUGUGCUUGCGGGUACCGUGGCUCCUGGACCUCGCAGCUAACGUGGGGUUGCUGUUCGUGUUCCUGAUGUCGGGCUACUGCUUGCUGUGGUACGCUCACCGGGUUCUGUUCAACGGAUUAGUCGAUCCCAAGGGAAAGUGCGUGCUCAUAACAGGAUGCGACACCGGCUUCGGCAACAUGCUUGCCAAGCAGCUGGCGAAGGAAGGAUUCUUUGUCUACGCCGGCUGCUUGGACGAGAACAGCGAGAGCUCGAAGCUGCUGGGGAGCUCCAAGAACAUCCGGGUAUUGCAGAUGAACGUCACCAAGGAAGAAGAGGUCGCUCGAGCCUUCCAGACUGUGCUCAAGACGCUUGAUGGCAGGAACCUGUGGGCUGUGGUCGCCAACGCCGGUGUCGGCAGCAUGGGCUACAUCGAGUGGCAACCCUUGAGCCGCGUCCGCUCCGUGUUCGACGUGAACACCUUCGGCGUUCUUUCCGUGUCUGCCACGUUCCUGCCGCUACUCAAGAAGUCUGGCGGAAGGCUAGUCCUCAUCAGCAGCAUUCUAGGCCGAGUGACCCUUCCAGAGUGCUUGGCGUACUGCAUGACCAAGAGCGCCUGCAUAACGCUCGCCGACGGCCUCCGACGCCAGUAUCUCAACAGGGGCGUUCACGUGUGCACCGUGGAGCCCACCGCCUACAGACUGGUUUAG